GUGUUACUGUGGCAGACUGAUUGGAGACCAUCAUGGGAUAGAUUAUACCUGGACCAUCUCAGCUGCCUCGGGUAAUGAAAAUGAACAAUGGUCUGUUGAAAAGCACACAAGGAAAAGCCCUACAGAUGCCUUUGGGACUAUUAAUUUCCAGGACGGAGAGCACACCUACCACUCCAAGUAUAUUAGAACUUCUUACGACACAAAAUUGGAUCAUCUGUUACAUUUAAUGUCGGAAGAGUGGAAGAUGAAACUGCCUAAGCUGGUGAUCUCUGUCCAUGGGGGCAUUCAGGACUUCAAGAUAUCCUCUAAGCUUAAGAAGAUCUUCAGCCAAGGCCUGGUCAAAGCUGCGGAGACCACAGGAGCGUGGAUACUAACUGGAGGCACCAAUACCGGAGUGUCCAAGCACGUUGGAGAUGCCCUGAAAGCCCAUUCCUCACAGUCCUUGAGAAAAAUCUGGGCAGUCGGAAUCCCUCCUUGGGGCGUCAUUGAGAACCAGAGAGAUCUUAUUGGAAAAGAUGUGGUGUGUCUGUACCAGACUCUAGGGAACCCCCUGAGCAAGCUCACCAUGCUCAACUGUAUGCACUCACACUUCAUCCUGUCUGAUGAUGGGACUGUGGGCAAGUACGGAAAUGAGAUGAAGCUCAGAAGGAACCUGGAGAAGUACCUCUCUCUGCAGAAAAUUCACAGCUGCUCCAGACAAGGAGUGCCCGUGGUGGGGCUGGUGGUGGAAGGAGGUCCCAAUGUCAUCCUCUCGGUGUGGGAAACUCUCCAGGACAAAGACCCAGUGGUGGUGUGUAAAGGCACAGGCAGAGCCGCUGACCUCCUGGCCUUCACCCAUAAACACCUCGCAGAGGCAGGGGUGCUGCGUCCUCAGGUGAAAGAGGAGAUCAUCGGCAUGAUACAGAACACUUUCAACUUUAGCCUUGAACAGUCCAAGCACCUUUUCCACAUUCUCAUGGAGUGUAUGGUACACAGAGAUUCUAUGAUCAUAUUUGAUGCUGAUUCUGAGGACCAGCGAGACCUCGAUUUAGCAAUCCUGACAGCGUUGCUGAAGCGUACAAAUUUAUCAGCAUCAGAACAAUUAAAUCUGGCAAUGGCUUGGGAUAGAGUGGAUAUCGCCAAGAAACAUAUCUUAAUUUAUGAACAACCUUGGAAGCCUGGUGCACUGGAACAAGCAAUGUUAGAUGCUUUACUGAUGGAUCAGGUGGAUUUUGUGAAGCUCUUAAUAGAAUAUGGAGUGAACCUCCAUCGCUUUCUCACCAUCCCCCGACUGGAAGAGCUCUAUAAUACGAAGCAAGGACCUACUAAUAUGCUCUUAUAUCAUCUUGUCCAAGAUGUAAAGCAGCACACUCUUCUCGCAGGCUACAGAAUAACCCUGAUCGACAUCGGCCUGGUAAUAGAAUACCUCAUUGGUGGAGCAUAUCGCAGCAGCUACACUAGAAAAAAUUUCAGAGCCUUCUACAACAACCUCUACCGAAAACAUAAGCACCCCAGUCACUGGAGACGUUCCUCAGGAAGUAGAAAUGAGUCUACAGAAAGCACGCUGCAUUCCCAGUUUAUUAGAACGGCCCAGCCUUACAAAUUCAAGGAAAAGUCUGUAGUCCUUCAUAAAUCAAGGAAGAAGUCAAAAGAAGGAAAAAAUGUGUCCGAUGACCCUGAGUCUACUGGCUUCAUUUACCCUUACAAUGACCUGCUGGUUUGGGCUGUGCUAAUGAAAAGGCAGAAGAUGGCUAUGUUCUUCUGGCAGCAUGGAGAGGAGGCCACUGCGAAGGCCGUGAUUGCCUCUAUACUCUACCGAGCCAUGGCCCGUGAAGCCAAAGAGAGCAACAUGGUGGACGAUGCCUCAGAAGAGUUGAAAAAGUACUCAAAAGAGUUUGGUCAGCUUGCCCUGGAUGUGCUAGAGAACGCAUUCAAGCAGAAUGAGAGAAUGGCCAUGAAAUUGUUGACAUAUAAACUCAAGAACUGGAGUAAUUCAACCUGUCUGAAGCUGGCUGUGUCUGGAGGAUUGAGACCCUUUGUUUCACAUACUUGUACCCAAAUGCUGCUGACGGACAUGUGGAUGGGACGCUUGAAAAUGAGGAAAAACUCUUGGUUAAAGGUCAUCUUAAGUAUUCUUUUCCCACCCACCAUUUUGACAUUGGAAUUUAAAAGCACAGCCGACAUGUCGCACGUUCCUCAGUCCCAGGACUUCCAGUUUGCAUGGUACUCCAGUGAACAGAACCCCAGCAGUACCAAAGACAGUGCCUGCAUGAAAGACUGUGAUUUGGAAAGAGCCCCUGAUGAGAAACUGGGUGAAAAUCAGCACUUUGAUUUAUCCAGUGGGCCCAAAAGCCUUCCAUGGACCAGGAAGCUCUAUGAAUUCUACAGUGCUCCCAUCGUCAAGUUUUGGUUUUAUACGAUGACGUACUUGGCGUUCCUCAUGCUGUUCACGUACACUGUGUUGGUGGAGAUGCAGCCCCAGCCCAGCGUGCAAGAAUGGCUUGUUAUCAUUUACAUCUUCACCAAUGCCAUGGAGAAAGUCAGGGAGGUUUGUAUUUCAGAACCUGAGAAGUUUUCUCAAAAGGUGAAGUUAUGGAUUAGUGAGUACUGGAACCUAAUGGAAACUGUGGCUAUUGGGCUGUUUUUGGUUGGUUUUGGCCUUCGGUGGGGUGACCCUCCUUUUCAUACUGCGGGAAGACUGAUCUACUGCUUAGACAUCAUAUUCUGGUACUCACGGCUCCUGGACUUCUUUGCUGUGAAUCAACACGCAGGUCCCUAUGUCACCAUGCUUGCAAAAAUUGCAGCAAACAUUUUCUAUCUCGUGAUCGUGAUGGCCAUAGUCCUGCUGAGCUUUGGAGUGGCACGCAAGGCCAUCCUUUCACCAGAGGAGCCUCCCUCUUGGAGCCUUGUUCGAGAUGCUGUAUUUCGACCAUACUGGAUGAUUUAUGGAGAAGUCUUUGCUGAAGAAAUCGAUGUUUGUGAAAGCAAACCAUCUUGCCCUCCGGGUUCUUUCCUUACUCCGUUCCUGCAAGCUGUCUACCUCUUCAUACAGUGUAUCAUCAUGGUGAACCUGUUGAUUGCUGUCUUCGACACUGUUUUCAAAGAUGUGAAAUCCAUUUCAAAUAAACUGUGGAAAUACAACCGCUAUCGCUACAUCAUGCCCUACCAUGAGAAGCCAUGGCUGCCACCCCCUGUCAUCCUACUGAGCUACCUGGGACUCCUGCUUCGCUGCCUUUACCAUUGUCGAACUCCGAAUGACCAGGAAGAGGGUGAUGUUGGAUUAAAACUCUACCUGAGUAAGGAAGAUCUGAAAAAACUUCAUGAUUUUGAAGAGCAGUGUGUGGAAAAAUACUUCCAUGAGAAGAUGGAAGGUCUGAACUGUAGUUUUGAGGAACAAAUCAGAGUGACAUCAGAAAGGGUUACAGAGAUGUACUUCCAAAUGAAAGAAAUAAAUGAAAAAGUGUCUUUUAUAAAGGACUCCUUACUGUCGUUGGACAGCCAGGUGGGACACCUGCAGGACCUUUCUGCUCUGACCGUGGAUACACUGAAGGUGCUUUCUGCUGUUGACACCUUGCAAGAGGAUGAGGCUCUCCUCUCCAAAAGAAAGCGUUCUACUUACAGAACACUUCCCCACAGCUGGAGCAACGUCAUCUGUGCAGAAGUCGUAGGCGGCACGGAGACCUCCGAGCAGAAGUAUCAGUAUUACAGCAUGCCGGCUUCUUUCCUCCGGAGCCUGGCCAGAGGCCGGCGUCCCUCAACAGUGCAGAGGGGGGCUCUUCUUGAGCUUUCAGACUCUCGGACAGAGGCUUCAAAUGUAAGAGAUGACCAGGAAGAACAAGAAACAGAACAUAUGGUUGAUUCUGGGGUGCCCUGUGACAGGGAAGCACACUCAAAGUCCAGCCAGUUUCUUUUGGUCCCCUCUUAUCCAAAGCAAGUUCCUCUUUCUGCAGAAACUAUCUUGCCUCUGUCUAGACCAUCUGUGGAAGUAGGCACCGAUGUGCUGGCAGCCGAACGGGUCACCCCGAGUGAGAUCCCUGUCCCUCUCACUUGGCAGAUCCCACUUGUCUCAGAGCAGGCACCCGCGGCUGAACCCAAGGAGUGGUGCGAGCCAGUGGCUCAGGGACCAGACAAGCAAGACCAGGUGGAGCACGUUCUGCUCACUUCCUCACGUUCUUCCGCACCCACGAUGGGGACCUCCUUUCCUUCCCAAGUCAAGAACAUGCAAACUGGAGGUGGAUAUGUGAACUGGGCGUUUUCAGAAGGUGAUGAAACUGGUGUGUUUAGCAUCAAGAAAAAGUGGCAAACCUGCUCGCCUUCUCUUUGUAACAGUGACUCCACAAAGCAGGAACCGUGCCAGGUGCAGAUCCGGGGCAGAUCUCUAUCUGACAGCUCAACAAAAUCGACCCAGAGUAGUGACUGCUCAGAGGUGGGACCAUGGCUUCCACCACACACAUCCUCUUGGAUCAAUCCUCUCCGCCAAGACAGACCCUUCAUUAGGAGUCACAGUUUUAAAUUCCACAAGGAGGAGAGAUUGAUGAAGACUCAUCACAUUAAAAAUCUUUCAAAACCCUCAGAGAUAAGACAGUUGGCAUGGAUCAAAGCAAAAAUGCUGACCAAGGAUGGGAGAUUGUCCAAGAAAAAGAAGAAAACACAAGAACUACAGGUGCCGGUCAUAACUAUCAAUGCCUCCUAUCGAAGUGACCAGUUGAAUUCAGAGCCAAGAGAAAAUAACAUCUUGAAAGAAGAGAAGGGUAGCAGUAACUGGUUCGUGGAGUCCAAUUUUAGUCAGAUAAGUCAAAAACCUUAUAUAUGUCAUAAAAUGAAAACUAAAGAGAUUAAACAACAUGCUAUGCAAGUCAGUGACUACCUCGAGCAGCCUCAAGAGGAUAUGAGUGAAAACUCUUUAUGGAAUUUCAGGAGCACUGAUCUGAAGAGGAACUUGCUGUUGAGAAGUUCAAAUGGAGUUGACAAGAUCUCCACCUCCUUAAAAAACCCUCAAGAGGCUCACCAUCAUUAUUCAGACUUUGAAAGGAAAAAUCUAAUGAGGCUUUCUCAGAUCAUACCAUUUACACCAAUCCAACUGUUUGCAGGAGAAACAGUAACUGUCUAUAGGCUGGAGGAGAGCUCCCCUUUGAAACUUGAUAAAAGCAUGUCCUCUUGGUCCCAGCAUGGGAGAGCUGCGAUGAUCCAGGUGUUGUCCCAAGAGGAGCUGGAUGGGGGCCUCCGCAAAGCCAUGAGAGUUAUCUGCACUUGGUCUGAAGAUGAUGUUCUCAAGCCAGGACAGGUUUUCAUUGUGAAGUCCUUUCUUCCUGAGGUUGUGCAGACGUGGCAUAAGAUCUUUCAGGAGAGUACUGUGCUUCAUCUUUGCCUCAGGGAAAUACAACAACAAAGAGCUGCUCAAAAACUGAUGUAUACCUUCAACCAAGUGAAACCACAGACCAUUCCCUAUACACCAAGAUUCUUGGAAGUUUUCUUAAUAUACUGCCAUUCAGCCAAUCAAUGGUUGACCAUUGAGAAGUAUAUGACAGGGGAGUUCCGGAAGUACAACAACAACAAUGGUGAUGAAAUCAUCCCCAGCAACACCCUGGAGGAGUUAAUGUUGGCUUUCUCUCACUGGACCUAUGAGUAUACUCGGGGAGAGCUGCUGGUUUUAGAUUUACAAGGUGUUGGAGAAAAUUUGACAGAUCCAUCUGUUAUAAAACCUGAAGACAAACAAUCAAGAGGAAUGGUGUUUGGACCAGCCAAUUUAGGGGAAGAGGCAAUUAGAAACUUCAUUGCAAAACAUCGUUGCAACUCCUGCUGCCGGAAACUCAAACUCCUGGAUUUAAAGAGAAAUGACUAUUCCCCCGGGAAAAUAAAAUCUACCUUUGGACUUGAAAUCAAAAGAGAAUCGGCUGAGGAACCUCCAACAAGGAAAAUGGGUGGAAAACCCCCAGAAGAUCAGACACUACUCUAAGAAGGGAAGAGCAAGAAGACCAUGGCCCUGUCCUUCCUGCCAAGAACUCCAUGGUAACUUUGAUUGACGUAGCAUUGCUUACUCAG